UCUGCAAAAGGGAUGUGCUGUCUUUCAUUCAUUGCCACUGGAGGACAACCAGAGGUUGAAAAACAAAGUUCAUUUUUCAAGAUGUGCGUCCCUCUGGCCCUGUUGUUCGUCUCUCUAAUGGCAGCUCCUGAGUGCUCAAGUCUUCCAACAAAGACCGACUCCAUCAGAAGCAACAUACACAGUAUAGUAAACAUUGCUCAGAUAACCCUGGUCCACAUAAACAAACUAAACAACAAGACGCCCCUACAGGUGGAAGUCUCCACUCCUCCCAUGAACGGAUUAACUGAUAUCAGCCUCUACCUCGGGCAUUUAGAUGACGAGCUGCAGAGCCCCUUCACGAAUCGCCUGAGUCAGAUUCAAGCUGACGUUUCCAGCCUGGACUCCAGGGUGCGCUCUCUCGCCUUAAUGUUGGACUGCCCCAUCCAGGACAAACCGAGUGUGGAGCCCAGGGAGCUUUUGUUCCCAGACAGCCAGCACUAUGUGACGCUGGCGAAGGUGCAGCACUACCUGGAGAACCUCCCUCCAAAUAAGGAGAAACUUAAGGUUUGCUGACGAACGCACAUGGAUUUCAAAUGCAAUAUGCUGCAAUGAUGUCAAUAGUGGUGCCUAAAAAUGUUUUUUUUUUAUUUGAAAAUGCAGUAUAUAUAUUUUAUAUUUUCUAUGAAUAGAUGUUUUGAUUUUUACAGA